GCGAGCGGCGGCGGCGCGGGGAGGAGCCACGGGUGGCCGAGUCGGCGCCGCGCCGCUGGCAGAGCCGGCGCAGAGGGGAAGGGGCUGGCUGCGGCAGCGGCCAAUGCGAAACUGGCUGGUGCUGCUUUGCCCCUGUGCGGUCGGGGUCACGCUGCACCUCUGGCUGCUGCUCAGCUGCCCCGGCGGGCCCGGGAGACACCCGGCAGGUCCACUGGCUUUCUUUCCUCAGUGGAAGCUGAAACAUUAUGAUGUUAUUGUAGGUGUUUUGUCUGCUCGACACAACCAUGAACUGCGCAGUGUUAUAAGGAACACUUGGUUCAAGCACCUAAAACAACAUCCUGCACUGAGCCAACGUGUCCUUGUGAAGUUUAUAAUAGGUGCACAUGGCUGUACUGUGCCAGUGGAAGACAGAGAAGACCCGUACUCCUGCAAACUUCUGAACAUCAGUAACCCAGUUUUGAAUCAGGAAAUUGAAGCAUUCAGUCUCCCUGAGGAUGUACCUUCUGUACUGACUGAAGACAGAAUUGUCAGUGUGAACUUUCGUGUACUUUACCCCAUUGUCAUUACCAGUCUUGGGGUAUUUUAUGAGGCUGAUGGGGUGGGAUUCCAGAGGAACAUCACUGUAAAACUGUACCAGGCAGAACAUGAGGAAGCUCUCUUCAGUGCUCGCUUUAGUCCGCCAAGCUGUGGAGUGCAAGUGAACAGAUUGUGGUACAAGCCAGUAGAGCAGUUCAUUUUGCCAGAGGGUUUUGAAGGCACUAUUGUGUGGGAAAGCCAGGAUCAUCAGGGACUUGUUUCAAGAAACCUUCAGAAAGUAACAGUGAAUGAUGGAGGGGGUGUUUUCAGAGUCAUUACGGCAGGGGAAGGGUCACUGCCACAUGAACUCACAGAAGGUGUGGAGGGAAUAGCAGGUGGUUUUAUCUACACUAUUCAAGAAGGUGAUGCUCUUUUAAAAACCCUCCAUACUCGCCCAGAAAGGUUUACAAGUCACAUAAAAAAUCUUGAAAAAGAAGAUACUUUAUUGAAGGAAGAAAGCAGUAUCUAUGAUGACAUUAUUUUUGUGGAUGUUAUUGACACUUACAGAAAUGUUCCAGCUAAACUGUUGAACUUCUACCAAUGCUCAGACGCAAAUCCGUGUUGUAAGAUCAUCAUGGGAUGCAGCUGCAUCUCCUGUAGGACAAGCAGUCAGCCUUGGUCGGUAUGGAAAACAUUUAAAAGUCAAGGGACAGUUGAAUCAACAACUUUUGAUUUGUUGCUGAAGACAGAUGAUGACUGUUACAUUGAUUUGGAGGCUGUUUUUGACAGGAUAAUGCAGAAAAAAUUGGACAGGCCAAAUAUUUGGUGGGGAAAUUUCAGACUAAAUUGGGCAGUUGACCGAACCGGGAAAUGGCAAGAGCUGGAGUACCCCAGUCCUGCCUAUCCAGCCUUUGCUUGUGGGUCUGGCUACGUCAUCUCCAAAGACAUUGUUCAGUGGCUGGCAACAAACUCACAACGACUGAAGACGUACCAGGGUGAAGAUGUGAGUAUGGGCAUCUGGAUGGCAGCCAUAGGACCCAAGCGGUAUCAAGAUAGUCUCUGGCUGUGUGAGAAGACGUGUGAGAGUGGCAUGCUAUCUUCCCCCCAGUAUUCUCCACAGGAACUGGGAGAGCUCUGGAGAUUAAAGGAACUGUGUGGAGAUCCUUGUAGAUGUGAGGAAAGAUGAUGGACUUGCCUUGGAAGACAGGGUAAUAUAUAAUGAUCAUGGAAAAGUGUACACUGGGAUUCAUUCUUGGAACAAUAAGGAAUAUUAAGAUGUCUUUUAAUGUUGGGUUUCAACUACAGUAUAAGGAUUUGCACAUCCCUUUUGAUAAUUACAAGUGGACUGACACUAUUCAUUUUCUAUAGCAUAGAUGUUGAUCUGACAAAAACCAAAAUGUUAAAAAAAUUCCUUUUUAUAUGAAGUCAAAGACCUACUUGUAAUUAAUAAAUGCACAUAAGAAUGCCAA